UAAACUCAAACCCGUGACUCGUGCUAUGAUACAAAUUAAGGCCAAAACAUUAUCUCAAAAAUCACCUUACAUUACUUAUUAUCCUGGUAUUACUGAAAGCAAAUUUAGCAAUAAGUGGGUUGAUGGCUUUAUAAUUUGUUACAAAUUAAGUAAUCGGCGUCGAACAUCCGUAGCUCAAAAACUCUCUGAAGAUCUACAUGAAAAAUCAUGUUUUACUAUUGUACUUACUUAUUUAGCUGAUGGGACUAAAUUGCCUCCAAUUAUUAUUUUUAAAUUAGUUAAUGUUCCACGGCAAGUAUUUCCUGCUAGAGUUUAUGUGCGUACAAAUCCUAAAGAAUGGAUGAAUAAAGUUGAGAUGUUAUGGUGA